UUGAAUUAUGAGAGGACAAUUUUAUUAGUUACAGUAGCUACUCAUUAACUCAUUGCACAUGCUAUGUAAUAGGUUAGUGAGACAUCAAUGGGUACAAUGUGUCAUGGCAGUGAGUGUCGGAAGGGCGCGAGUGUCGGCGACGAGCGCCACGCCACGACCGCCUAGCGGCGUCCCUCGCUCGAUAUUGUUCAUUUGUUGUGAUUAGCAGAAGCCGAUGACUGUCGGCGAGGUCGAGUGAUGGAUGACUCGCGACAAUGCUCCUCAGGGGACGCGUGUGGGCGGUGCCUUGACAGCCAAAAUCUACACUUUCCUUCGACUUUCUCUUGGAGGUGCGAAAGGUGUUCUGUUCACUUCAUUCGGGGGCUCGCAAUGCUUAUUCGGUAGCUGGCGCCUCAUAAGUGUACGCGUUCUAAUCGUGCGCAACGACGGUCGGUCCCUCGCGGCACACGGUGCAUCGCGGCAGCUUCAGAUAUUCAAAGCACCUGCAUGCUACUUCCGAGUUAGCCUUUAUAAACAGUGUGGCAAGUGUUAGCAAGUAACUCGUCGUGGUGUGUCUGGACAGCAAUGUGAGGCGGCCAUGGCGCUGACAAGUGACAUAGUGCUAGUAGCGCUGUUGUGCGUGGUCCGCGGCGGUGCGCCUGCGCGGUUUCCCGAGUUACUGCCACUGUACGGCUGGUGGACGAAUCCGGAGCGCGUGCAGGAGGGCUCCGACGUUCAGGUGGUGUACCUACCGGCGCUGCUGCCCAGAGAGGCACAGCUCGCCUCCGACAAGCCUGCCGAUGACGUACCGCUUCCCUACAGCUUCGACGCUUUUGGGAGAAAUUUUGAGCUACAGUUGGUUCCAAACCGUCGACUGAUUUCCCCUGAAUUCCGAGUGUGGUCAGACGUGGGCCACGAGGCAACUCUCUCAUCUGUGGACCCCUCAUGCCACUUCCAGCACACUGGCCCCAAUGCGGUUGCUGCAUUUUCAGCUUGCAGAGAUCAUGCUCUUCACGGGUUGAUUGUUGUGGAUAACUCUACGUACGAAGUCCGUCCCCUGGGCACCGGCAAUGGGCGGGCGGAGAACGGUCGCGGUCGCACCGCGCAUGUGAUCCGUCGCGCUCCACCGCCCGCGCCGCCCGGCGACGAUGCACGUCCUCUGCGGCCGCGCGUGCGCCGCCCGCGUGCUCACGCGCCGCGCCUCAAGCCAGGCCCGCCCAACUAUACCAUCGAGAUAGCCUUGUUCCUUGACGAAGCUGCAUACAAAAUUUUCUACCCUUAUCUCAACUAUAGCGAGACGGAUCUACGUGAUAUGCUUCUGGCGUACAUAAAUGGUGUGCAAGCUCUGUACCAGCACUCUUCCCUGGGCACGCACAUUCAGCUGUCGUUAGUGCGGCUGACACUGCUGCGCUCGCAGCCGCCAGGCCUGCCCGCGCACGCGGAGCGCGGCCGGCUGCUGGACUCCUUCUGCGCGUACCAAAAGUCGCUGAACGUAGACGAUGACGACGAUCCACAACAUUGGGAUAUGGCUCUGCUGCUCUCAGGAUUGGACUUCUACUCUAUGGAAGGCGGUCGUCGCAACGGCGUGACAAUGGGCUUGGCGCCAGUGGGCGGCGUGUGUCUGCCUGCACAUGCCUGCGUAGUCUCGGAGUUUGGCACGGCCGACCUGCUGGGACGACCCUACCCGUCUGCCGGAUUCACCUCCGUCUAUAUCCUCGCUCACGAGAUCGGACACAAUCUUGGCAUGCACCACGACGGCACGGGCAACAGCUGCGCGCGCGACGGCUACAUCAUGUCGCCCUCCCGCGGCACCAAUGGCGAGGCGUCCUGGUCGACGUGCAGCGCUCGCGUUGUGGCUGACUUGCAAUGGGCGACCUGUCUGUUCGAUGGUUCUGAUGACCUGGACGCGCCUACUGAACUUCAACACGAGAGGUUCGGAGGUGUUCCCGGCACCGUCUGGAGUGCGAAGAAGCAAUGUGAGAUCCUGCUGCGUGACGCAGACGCGGCGCCUUCUCCUACCGGGCCUACAAGCGAGCACUGCACUCAGCUAGCGUGUCGCACGCCGCACAGAGCUGGGUACUACUACGCCGGACCCGCGUUACCUGGCACGUCCUGCGGCACGAAUAUGUGGUGUCAAGGAGGCGAGUGUGUACCCGCGAGUGGCUCACCAGCCAGCAGCCCCGCUCCGCCCCCAAGUUCGGCUGGCAGUACGGGCGGCUGGGGCCCGUGGCAGGAGGCCUCGUGUCGCUCCGGCUGCUCCGAGCGAAGCCGUGGCUUCCGCGAGCGACGCCGAGUCUGUACCACUACGAGCGACGCCUGUCAAGGAUCAGCCUAUGAUGUGCUCCUGUGUGAUGAUACCAAGGUUUGUGGCAAGAAAACCCGUGUAGGAGCGAGUGAGUUGGCAUCACGCAAGUGCGCUGAGUUCGCUGCUUUACUGCCGGAGCUGGACUCCCGAGGAGGUGGUCUGCAGGCGCCGCAUGACCCUACUCGCAUGUGGAUGGGGUGUGCUGUGUUCUGUCGCCGCGCUUCUGGGGGAGGUUUCUACGCGCCGCGAGUCGAGCUCAACGAUAAGGGCAAAGACCCCUACUUCCCGGACGGCACGUGGUGUCACAACGAUGGCAGUCAGGAUUACUACUGCCUUCAACAUCAUUGUCUCCCUGAGAAUUUUAAGAUGACAGCUCAAUGGCACAUCUGGGAGCUGCCGAGUGAGGACGUGAGCGGUCCUUUCAAUGCUCGAGCGUUAUCUACUCCUGAUGACGAGGCGGCGGCUAAUGCGAUCCGGGCUUACCUGUCCCUGGACAACGAAGGGGUGCCCAUCGUCAGAUCAGCCUUACCACCACAGAUACCUGAAGAACCGGAGGACAACUGGGAAGUAGUUGACUAUGUAGACAUUCCUAACCAGUCGCUGAAGAGAAAGAGAACUCCCAGAAUUAACUCGCCUGAUACGUAAUGACCAGGAUUUUAGAGUCAACGGUAGACAAUUACCAUAUCACUACAUAUGCUUAAAUGGAUCAUUGUAAACAGUGUAAGAUAAUUAAGAUAUCAAAUUAAUGUACGAAAGUAUUUAUCAGUCAGUAUUUUGAGACCAAUUUACCUCUGAAAAAAAUACGACGACGUUACAGUCGUAGAUCGAUUUUACAGAUAUUAUUAUUUAUACUGCAUUAGAAACAGCAUUGCAAGUAGGUAAUUCAUAUUUGAUGUAGUUUUAAGUAAGAACCACAAUCUUGCCAAAUUGUAGAAUGAUAGCUAGAUCUUAAGUACUUAAUUGUAAUUCCUAGUAAUGUAAUGAAAUAUGGUGCGGCCAGUGCCUUGUCGAAGCAUUUAUUAGAAAUAACAGUAUUAUAGCUUGUAGAGUAGAAUUAUUUAUUUUUUGAUUCAAGAGAAAAAUUGUCGGAUCAAACUUUACAUUCACAAAUACUUUCAGUUUCAAUUUCCAUUUAAAAAUUCGAAAUCAUGAUUGACCGUAAUACUUAUGUCUGAAAUUCUAAACCUAUGUGAAAUUGUUUAAAAAGAAUAAUGUUACUUAUGUAUGUAAAAUAUUUUAAGUGAACUCUUUUAAAAUACUAGUCUUUGCACCCUAUUUAUAAGAACAGAUCAACUGUUUUUUAUUUUUAAAAUCAUAGAGUAAAAUGUUUUAGUUUUAUGCUCCCAUAAAAUUUAUUUCCUUAGUUACUUUAGUUUUAUGUAAGGUGGUGUUUUAUUGCGUGUUUGUCGGUUUGAAUAAACACCUGCAUCAUAAUAUA